CCAUGGACGAUUCGUUCUGACGUUCAGGCCUGCUUUUAUUGGAUGAAUAUAUGUGAGAUGUUUAGUUCCUCGUGGUUCCUUGUGACAAUUCGCACUUGCACGAAAAGAAUUUAUUUUGACGUUUAAACUAAAUUAAUAAUCAUAAUAUAUUCAUUGUCUCAAUAAAAAAUCUCGAGUUGACGAAAAUAUUAAAUCGCAACUUAGUACGUUAAUUCUAACGCAAAAAUUUCAAUUUUGGUUAGAAGUUCUAAUUCCUCUAAUAAAAAUGGUGAGAUUACAUGUGAAGAAAGGUGACGAGAGUCAAUUUUUAUAUGAUAACCACGUAGAAGCGCUUGUGGACGAUGUCAUAAAUGACAUUGUAGUGAUUUACAACGGUCGUUUAAAAAUUUCAAGAAUUUGUUAUGAGAUCGAGGAGCUGGCUAAGCACGGCGUGAUGUUACCACCUGACAUAAUGGGCCUCACGGACGAGCAGGUUGAAGAGCUCAAGCUCAAGGACGAAUGGGCCGACAAGUGCGUGCCCACGAGCGGUUGGACUUUCAACAAAGACAAAAUAGGUCGUAGAAACGGUAAACAACCAAAUGAAAAGAUGCAGGAAGUACUGAAGAAAACUAUCGAGGAUGCACGUGCUAUGACAUCGAAAAAAUUAGUGCAACAGGAGAAAUUGGUUACCCAGAAGACGGUUCAAGAAGCUCUGGAUUUAUUAAGAGGCGCCGUGACGAUAGUUUAUCCGAUGGGACUUCCGCCACACGACGUGAUACGUAAAGAGUUUGAGAAUAGCGAAGAUCUCACUGGUACUCAAGCAUCUCUUGAAGUAAUCGAUGUGCAACUGGCUCAACUAUGGUUCUCUGGGAAGGAAUUAUUACCUGGAAAAAAACUAAAGGACUUUGUGGGUAAUAACGAGAAGACCAAGAUAAUCGUGAAGCUGCAGAAGAGAGGCUCUGGAAAACCGUCGAGGGAACCGUUAAUGUCGGAAGAGGAGCGGAAACAAUUGAUGCUGCACGCGUAUCGUCGUCAAGAACAGCUGAAGGUAAGUGUUUCCGUCCUCCAUAAUGCCUCGGAUUCAUCCAAGGUAAAGUAUACUUUUCUAAUUGUCACUGUACAAGUAAAAUCUAGCAAUCGUAAGAACGUGUACCAAUAUACGUUUUAAUUGGAUCUAAAGGAAUUUUGAUUAAUUUUUUUUCAAGCGGUAUUGACGUUAACAACAAAUGGUGAUCAGACUGUAGUCGAGCUUGAUGCGUUCUGUUUUAUCCCUAACUGCUCGUACAAAAAUCAAUAGCGCGUACAACUUAUAGAAAUUAUAGAAAUUAUAGCAGAAAUUUCUAAAUUUCGUAAUUGUUUAUCAGUAAAAUAACUGACUUUGCAAUUUGCACUACAUGUUCUUAAAAAAUUACAAAAGAGAAUCGAUUUGAUUACUACUCAUAAGGUAUUCUAGAGCAAGAACUCUAAGUUGUCUCCAUUGAUCUACGUGCUUAGGAAAAGAUAGUACGUGCCUAUCGAUCUCACGCGUGUCCUCUGCACGCCCUGUUCGAAGUAGGGUAGCUUACUUACAGAAACAGCUCGCGGGCUUAUUUAACCUGAUACUUAUUUCGAAUUCUUUCGUGUUGACACGUGAUUUCUUUAAGUGCAAAUUUUCUUUUGUAAUCGAAUAAUCUAAUAAUUCUGAAACAUUAGAACAUUAAAAUUAAUUUAGUUUC